UACGACCCACCGCCCUUGCUCUUCUUCUCUGUGGUUGUGGUUUGCGUUAUCCUUCUUCUAAAUGGCGAGCAUACGGCUGAGUGCGCGACUCGUCGUCUCUUAAUCUUCCCUUGUUCGGAUCGAUCCGGUUUGGAUUUGGGUUCGGCUUUGCUCCUCGCUCUCUGUUGCUCUUUCUCUCUCUCUGGAUAUACGUGGGUGGGGAUGCACCUGCACUUGCCGCAUAAGAUCAUGGCGGGGCACGGGAGGCGGAGGGGGGAGGAGGAGGAGGGGAUCCGGAAGGGGUGGAUGGGGAUUAGGGUGGGCGGGGAGGGGGAGCAGCCGCAGCGGUUCGUGGUGCCGGUGGAGUACCUGAGCCACCCGCUCUUCGUGCGGCUACUCAAGGAGGCCGAGGAGGAGUACGGCUUCGACCACCAGGGGGCGAUCACCAUCCCCUGCCACGUCAAGUACUUCCGCCGCGUCCAGAGCAUCAUCGACCGCGACUGCAACCAGGUUGCCGCCACCGUCAAUUACCACCACCACUUUCACCUUUGCUUCAGGGCUUGAACGAGUCCCUGACUCCGGGUGGGUGUUUGUGCUGGGUUUGGAAAGUGUUAAUUCCAAGAGAAUCCUUCCCUCUCUCUCUCUCUCUCUCUCUCUCUCUCUCUCUCUCUAGUCAUUAAGACUGGUUUAACGAUGACAUGAUUUGGUGAUCAAGUCGAAGAAUAUUUCUUGCUCAUUUUAA